AUGGGGCGAGCCAAGUUUGAUUAUCUACAAUGCGUACGGGAUGCACCUCACGAGACCAGAGAAAACGUUUUCCAUGUCACUGGAGACGUUCAGGAGGACCUGGCCAUUAACACCACUUCGGCUUACGCGGCUGCACACGAAGCAAUGAUCAGCUUCCAGGCUCUCCCUUCCACGGUGCCGAAGACUUUCAUCUAUACCGGCAACAUCCUCAAUGAGGGACCGAUACCGGGGUCCCUCACCCUAGGUGUGGGAAAGAUAGCUUCGGCGCAUAUGAUCGAACUGGGGGAUAACCUCUACCGAAGCCGGAAUAUCCGAUUCUUCUUCGUCGAUAAGAGGAUGGAGGAUGGGACGCCCAUGUUCAUUGGUGCAGGUCCGCAGGCCCACGCCGACAUGUUCCUGGCACUGGCCGAUAGGACCGCGGGCGACGUGCCGUGA